AUGACCAAAAUUCGAGAAUAUCAUCAUAAAGUCAAAGAUAUUCCUAAUUUUCAUUUGCCUGCUUCUAACGUGACGAAUAAAGAUUCAGAACAUUUGAUAUCUUUAGAAGCAUCAAUUUGUUCAAAUAAAUCUUCAAUUAAAGACAAAACCUUUACAAUGAAUCAAAAUGUUACCAAAAACAACAAAAAUGUUCGUCCAUCAACAACAGCCUGUUUAACUCAAAGAACUCCUUCAUCUAUUAAUUCAACUACAAUUAAACCAUCUAUGCCAAUAUCUCGUCAAAUUCCGUUUCGACCUGUUACUGCUCAGCCGCCUCAAAUGACACCAACAACCAAACGGACAAUGUGUUUUGCAUAUCCAAACACGCCUUCAGGUUCAAGAAUUCCAAGAAUUACAAAUUUAAAAAAGUGA